UGGCCGGGGCGAGAUGGCGGCGCGCGGAGCCCCGGUGACCGUUACCGUCACGUACAGUAAYGAAAAGCACAGUAUUCAGGUUGCUUCUCAUCAGGAAGAUGGGGAACCUACGCUGCAGGACAUGGCUCUGCUUAUAGAACAAGUCACUGGUGUUCCAGUUCCCUUUCAGAAACUGAUAUACAAAGGAAAGUCUCUGAAAGAAAUGGAACAACCAUUGUCAGCACUUGGUGUUAAAAAUGGUUGCAAAGUCAUGUUGAUUGGGAAAAGGAAUAGUCCCGAGGAAGAGGCUGAGUUAAAGAAGUUAAAAGAUUUGGAGAAGUCAGUGGACCAAAUAGCUAAUAAAUUAGAGGAAGUUAAUAAAGAGUUCACAAGCAUCCAGAAGGGUUUUUUGGCAAAAGAUCUCCAGGCAGAAGCUCUGAAAAAGCUGGACAAGAGGAUAAAAGGAAUUGCAGAGCAAUUCAUGAAGAUCCUCGAACAGAUAGAUGCCACUAACCUGCCAGAGAAUUUCAGUGAUUGCAAACUGAAAAAGAAGGGCUUGGUGAAAAGGGUUCAGGCUUUUCUUGCCCAGUGUGAUACAGUUGAAGGAAAUAUUGGCCAAGAAAUGGACAAGUUGCAGUCAAAGAAUUUGGCGCUGGCAGAAUGAGGCAUUGUUCUACUUAAUUAGGAAACGUAAUUGCUCUAUGAGCAAGAAGAGAAGUUUGCUCUUUGUUUUGGAGCACUUAUUCAGCUUUUUUUUUUUUUUUUUUAAGCCCAGUCUGUUAGACUGCUACUAGUGAAUCAUUACUUGCUGGUUGUCAUGUUUGCCACUUGGUUAGACCUAUUAUUCUGAAAAGAAAACAAUCCUUCGUAAAGAAUUGCAGAAAUAAUAUUUGUGGUGAAUUGUCAUGUAUCUUAUGGACGAGUGCUUAGUUAACUGAGUAACAAAGUUUGCAGUGACGGGCAAUUUUGUCUGUUAUGUCUUGGAAUUUAUUUACAGCUCAAAUCAAAGAAGAUAAUGUGAUCAUAAAAAUGCCAUAAGUCGCAAUUGUAGAACUUCAGCUUGAUUGGAAAACUGAAGCAACAUCUGGAGAAGCAUAACAUUCUAGUAACAGUUCAGAGCAAUAAAAAUACCACAUAUUUGUAUCUACUUAAUGUUUGUAUGCAUUGAUAAAUAUAAGAAAGCUUGAUUAUGAGGGAGUUGUACCUAUUUUAGCCUUAAAUUGUCAUAAUAAAUGGAAUGUACUGUAACAUGUAUGGUACUUAAUUUGAGUGGUGCAUUACAUUGUUGUUGAGCUCCUUGAUACAGGUGUAUAUUUUUUUACAUGGAUUUCUGGUGUACUGUGUUUUAUAGCUUAUUUUUAUUGCUUCUGUUAUGCCUUGAGUUAUUGCGGGAAAUGAAAUGGCAUCAUUUAUGCUGCUCAUGUAUAAAGGGUUCAGUUCAACAAGGUGUGAAUAAGGAGCUGUUUCAAAAURUAUGUUUGGCUUCUUUUCUAGUUGCACUGAAUCCAUUCAAUAUUUAAUGGAAAUUUGCAGUGAUUGUUACUGACUGAUGUAGGCCUUGCAGUUUUGAGCUGGAGCCCAGAGCUGGUAUACGUGUAAUGAGAGCUGCUUUUUCACUGAUGUUUCUGAUGUUUCUGGUACUUCACAGUAACCAGUGAGAUGUUGACUGGUAGGAGCCUGUUCCUGUGACCAAGCUGAGCUCCUCCAUCUCAYGUGAGUCUGAGACUGAGGAGGAGACGGCCCCUUAGAUAAUGAGGCUUUAUCUGCAUAUGACUGUUUUACCA